CAGAUCAUCACAUCACCACCACCACCGAGCACUGCCACCGUACCAUCAUCCAUCCUCUACACCGGAGAGUUCUCAGAUCGGAUCGGGCUUACCGGAGAUCGAUGAUGCAUCGCGCCGCCGGCCUCGACCUGGACCUCGGGCUGGGGCUCGGGCUCGCCUCCCAGGGCAGCCUCACGUUCUCCACCACCACCGACUCCUCCUCCCCGGCCUCCGCCUCUCACUCGCAGCACUGGACCACCGCGCUCAGCUCCGUCGUCGUCGUGCAUGAGUCGUACGGGCUGCACCAGUAUGCCAACCAGCAGCGGAAGGACGAGCCGGGGAUGAGGCCGUCCACGUCGCCCGAGAGCGGCGUCAGCGGCGGGACCAAGAGGGGCCUGGAGCGCACCGGCUCCGGCGUCUCCCGCGGCAGCGCCACCGCGGGCGGCGACGAGGACGACGGCGGCGGCGACGGCGCCGGCGGGCGCAAGAAGCUCAGGCUCUCCAAGGACCAGGCCGCCGUCCUGGAGGAGUGCUUCAAGACACACAGCACGCUCAACCCCAAGCAAAAGACGGCGUUGGCGAACCGGCUGGGGCUGCGGCCGCGGCAGGUGGAGGUGUGGUUUCAGAACCGCCGUGCUCGGACCAAGCUGAAGCAGACGGAGGUGGACUGCGAGUACAUGAAGCGCUGGUGCGACCAGCUCGCCGAGCAGAACCGCCGCCUCGAGAAGGAGGUUGCCGAACUCCGGGCGCUCAAGGUUGCACCGCCGGCAAACAACGGUGCCCCGGCGGGGCCCCUCACCACCCUCACCAUGUGCCUCUCCUGCAAGCGCGUCGCGUCGACGUCCUCCGCCUCGGCCUGCAACGUGCCCAGCUUUUCCUCCAAUGCCGGCAUCGGCAUGCCCAUGCCAUCCGCGGAACAACGGCAGUUCUUCUGUGCGUUCAGAGACACCGGAGCGAUGUACGGCGGUACUUCGGGGCUCGCGAAGGUGGUCAAGCCGACCAGAUAAAACGAGCUAUCUCUGUGACGCCGCCAUGAUCAGCAUGGCAGGCAAGCUAACAGAAAUGAUGGCAUUGUCACAACUCACGAACUUAAGCAAGUUUAGCAGAAAGUUUAAUCUUU